AGCCUCAGGUCGCCGAGACUUACCCAACGUUCGCACGUGAUCUCGAAUUAGACACGUAGCCGAGACAUGAACGUCAGAAAGGCACCGCGCUGCACUGGAGUCAUGCAGCAAGCUCUUACUCGAUGUUCCGAGCCUCGCAAGGACCGCCCGUCGCAAAUUCGAAGUGGAAUAGAUCAAGCGGCCCUGCACACGAGUGAUGCUUUUCGAACCCACGAGUACACACUCGGCUCACCUGUCCAUGUCACCGAAUGGCGCGUCCUCGGGUAUUUGUGUGCAUCGGCCGAGGGUUUGUCAUCGCUUACGGAAGCGGACGUCGGUUGAUGUGUGUAAAACGGAAGAAAACGGACCUACGAGGCAUUGCACGACUAGGACCCCAGUCGCAAACGGACAUGACGACGGAGUUAUCAUUCAGCAGUACCGCCAGCGAGGCCGCGGCCGCGUUCACGGCGGAGAUCAGAGGCAAGAACGUACUCAUCACCGGAACCUCAAUCGAUGGAAUCGGAUUCGAGGCCGCGAAGGCGAUUGCGCCGUAUGCAAAUCUCGUCAUCAUCACUGGCUACGAUGCGGAGCGUCUGAGUCUCUCCGAAGCGGCGAUCAAGCAGCAUGUGCCGGAGGCAAAUGUGCGCAAGCUAACCCUCGACCUCUCUUCCCUGUCUGCCGUGCGGACUGCCGCGGCGGAGGUGAACGCCUACUCCGAGCCGAUCCAUGUGCUGGUCAAUAACGCUGCCGCGGCGAUCGCGCCGUUCAAGCUCACUGUAGACGGAUUCGAGAACCAGAUCGCGACUGCACACCUGGGCCCGUUCCUGUUCACCAAGCUCCUAUUUCCCAAGCUGCUGCAAUCUGCAAGUGCAACGUUCACUCCGCGCGUGGUGAUGGUCGCGAGCAACGCGCACUUGUUUGGGAAGGGGGUUGACUUCGAGCACGGACUGAAAAGGAAUCCAGAUGAAUCUAAGCAUAACGUGGGCCUGGCAUACUUCCAGGCCAAGUCGGCGAACAUCAUGUUUGCGAGGGAACUUGCGAUCCGGGGCGAAGGCAAGGUGUUGGCAUUCAGUCUGCAUCCCGGAGUCAUCAUGACAAACAUCAACAAGAAAGACGUGACCGCUCCCAUACUCCAGGCCGUGAAGAUCCUCGAUGCUGAAGGGAAGCCAAACACGAAGGAUUUUAACUGGAAGACGAUACCCCAGGGCGCCGCGACGACUGUCACUGCUGCGUUUGACCCGAGUCUCAAAGACAAGUCUGGGGCGUACCUCAACGAUUGCAAGGUGACCGCCACAAUUACAAACACUGAGAAACUGGCGCCACACACCUCGAGCUUGGAUAAUUCUAAGAAGUUGUGGGAAAUCACGGAAGAGUUGAUCGGGGAAAAGUUUGAAACUUAGAUGGUGAUACGAGCUGCAACUUUUAGUGAUAGAUCGCAAGUGAUCAUCGAUGUGAUCGGCUGAGAAACUAGAACAAGAACACGUUCUAUACAGGACAACUGUAUAGCUUCUGGGUGUAUGAUACUCCGUGUCGCCGUCCUAGAUAAACCAGAGAAUUUGAACGACGAGACUCCGUUU